AUGUCGAAGCCCAAGGUUCUCCAGCUGGGCGAGAUCGAGCACGCCCACGAAGCCUGGUCCAGUCUGAGCUCCGUCGCAGACAUUGUCAAGCCCAAGGCGACCAGCCGCGCCGAGUUUCUCGACGAGUGCAGGUCCGGCGCGUUCGACGGCGUAAAGGCCAUCUACCGCACGUUCGCGAGCGUCAAGACCACGGGGCGCAUCGACGCCGAGCUGGUCGCCGCGUUGCCCGAGAGCGUGAGCUUCAUCUGCCACAAUGGCGCCGGCUACGACCAGAUCGACAUCCCGGCCUGCACCCCCCGCAUCCUCGUCUCCAACACGCCAACCGCCGUCGACGACGCCACGGCCGACAUCAACAUCUGGCUCAUGCUCGGCGCCCUGCGCAACCUCAACGCCUCCAUCCUCUCCCUCCGCAACCGCCAGUGGCGCGGCAACCCGCCCCCGCCCCUGGGCCGCGACCCGCAGGGCAAGGUCCUCGGCAUCCUCGGCAUGGGCGGCAUCGGCAGGAACAUGGCCAAGAAGGCGGCGGCGUUCGGCAUGACGGUGCGCUACUUCAACCGAACGAGGCUCGACGCGGCGCUCGAGGCCGAGUGCGGCGCCGCGUACGUCGACUUUGAGACGCUGUUGCGGGAGAGCGACGUCAUCUCCCUCAACCUGCCUCUGAACGCCCACACGCGUCACAUCAUCUCCCACGCAGAGUUCGCCCUCAUGAAGCCCGGCGUGGUCAUCGUCAACACGGCGCGCGGCGCCGUCAUGGACGAGGCGGCGCUCGUCGAGGCCCUCGCCUCGGGCCGCGUCGCCAGCGCGGGGCUCGACGUCUUCGAGAACGAGCCCGAGGUCCACCCGGGCCUGCUCGACAACCCCAACGUGCUGCUCGUGCCGCACAUGGGCACCUGGACCGUCGAGACGAGCGUCAAGAUGGAGGAGUGGGCCAUUGGGAACGUGCGGCGCGCCGUCGAGGAGGGGAGGCUGAACAGCGUCGUUGUCGAGCAGAAGGGGCUGGUCAAGGGGUAA